AUGAGACACCUCAACGGCGUCGCCAAGUCUCUGCGGACUCUCAAUUUGCCAUGGAGAGUUGGCACCAGUCGCCCCCCUCCACCCUUGCACAGGAAUUUCCAGCAAAGUCUCUUUACGUUUACCAAAAAGCCUAGCACCUCUGGAGUAAGCUUAUCCAUUAGCCUCGCUGCAGGAUUCUUGUUCAUCUGGUGGCUAUAUCCCUCUCAAGACCUUGAUUAUCUCACCCCCACACAGAAACGAAAAAGAUGGUCUCGAACCGAACCAAACGGACAAAGGCUUGGUGGUGAUACGAAGGUGGCAGCCGAGCCACCCGCGAACGCGUGGGACAGCUUUGCCGCGCGCAUGGAAAGCAUCGCCGGCAUCACCGACACCGAAUGGGGCGCCUUUUCGGAAAAAGUCACCGACUUGAUUCUCCCAGACUGGUCCAAACUCGUACCUGGAUACGUGAAAAAGCUUCAGAGGGAACUGUCCAUGGCCCCUGGCUCUCUGGCGGAUGAAAUCUGGGAAGAGGCGCAUGACCCAAACGUCAACCCCGAAAUUGCUUGGAAAGCCAACGUUCGUGUGUCUUGCGAACUCUGCAAUGACGAAAAGGAGUUUCUAUCAAGACGUAAAAAAGUGAUACGGGUUGCUCUAGCCAAAUAUCUCGGCCUCCGCGAAAACGACAUUCAUCCAGAUGAUAUCCCCACCAUUGCCAUGUGCGGUUCGGGAGGCGGCCUGCGCGCCCUUGUCGCCGGCACUGGAUCCUUGAUUGCCACCGAAGAGGACGGGCUCUUUGACUGCGUUACGUAUACUGCGGGUGUCAGCGGCUCUUGCUGGCUACAGACUCUUUUGAACUCCUCCAUAUCAGGGGGCGACCUGACACGGCUGCUGGAGCAUUUGAAGGCUCGCUUGAAUGUCCACAUCGCAUACCCACCAGUUGCCCUCCAAUCCCUCGUUUCGUUGCCGACAAACAAGUUUCUGCUAAGUGGCCUGGUGGAGAAGCUGCGAGGCGACGAUAAGGCCGACUUUGGUCUCGUCGAUGUCUACGGCUUGUUGCUGGCAUCUCGAUUGCUAGUCCCCAAAGGCGAGCUUGGCGUCAAUGAGAGAGAUCUCAAGCUUUCCAACCAGAGAGAACUUGUCAAGUACGGGGAUCGUCCGUUACCCAUCUACACCGUUGUACGGCACGAGAUUCCACGGGCUGAAGGAAAUCAGGGGCAGCUGACUAAGGAGGACAAGAAGCUCACCAAGGAGGAGCCAUGGUUCCAAUGGUACGAGAUCACGCCGUACGAGUUCUUCUGCGAAGAGUUUGGUGCCGGUAUCCCGACUUGGGCCAUGGGACGAAAGUUCAACAACGGCAGCGACGUUCCGCCAGAGCACGGGUUCCACCUUCCAGAGGUUAGGGUACCUUUGUUGAUGGGCGUCUUUGGGAGCGCCUUUUGUGCCACCCUGAGCCACUACUACAGAGAAAUCAAGCCGCUGGUUCUCAGCAUAACAGCUCUCGCCAGCCUUGACGAGUUUGUCUCUGGCCGAGACGACGACUUGAGUAAAGUCCACCCUAUAGAUCCCGCCACAAUUCCCAACUUUGCUUAUCAGAUGCACGGCAAAUUAUCUAGCAUGACACCUCCCAGCAUCUACGAACGAGAACACAUCCAGCUUAUGGAUGCGGGCAUGUCAAACAACCUGCCCAUCUAUCCUCUCUUACGACCCGGUCGAAACGUCGACAUUCUCAUCGCAUUUGACGCCUCUGCAGACAUCAAGACGGACAACUGGCUCUCUGUGGCUGAUGGAUACGCUCGGCAGCGCGGCAUCAAGGGCUGGCCGGUAGGCAUUGGCUGGCCAAAACCGGGUGAAUCUGUCAAAGAGACUGUCAAAGAGCUCGCCAAUGCCGAAGCCAAAUCCGCUCGCGAGGCAGACCGACGAGUGGAGCAGGCCAAGCAGGACCAGAGAUGUCUCAAGGAAUCAGCAAACGGCAGCACAGCCAGCAACAGCACAACCGACCAAGAUAAGUUGCAGGCUGGGGACGAAGAAGCCGGCGACUUGGGAUACUGUACUGUCUGGGUCGGCACGACGCAAGAACGAUCUCCAAAGCCCCCUCCGCCGGCCAAAGCCAUCGACGAGACAAACAGGUGGCAACUCAUGGAACCUGAUGCGGGCCUUGCGGUUGUUUAUGUUCCGUUCGUGGCGAACCCAAAAGGGCCAGAUAUUUCCCCUGGCACGACCGACUUUCUCAGCACAUGGAACUUUGUGUAUGCUCCCGAACAGAUUGACAGUGUUGUCAGCCUUGCACGGGCAAAUUACGACGAGAGCAAAGAGCAGAUUAGGUCCACGGUGCGGGCCGUGUACGAGAGGAAGAAGUUUUUGCGGGAACAGGCGGAUAACCAGCAAGUGAAGGAGGAAGCAUCCAAAUCGCUGGCAAUCUCGACAUGA